GUUUUGUUUUCCAGCCAAUGAGUACUGAGCAUGCUCUGUGACCGGCCUAAGAGCCCGGAUGUAGAGAAGACUAGACGUGUCUGAGAGCAAAUCAUGGAUGGAGGAAGCUUGUAGACGGGUACUCUGUGUACUCACCUCACCUCACCUCAAGUGUAAUCGCUUUGCACUCGCGGGUUGUUGGUGGUGAGGGCGGGAACUGGUGCCAGACCCAAUGUUUGUCGAUCUGUGCAUCUCACUCAUUCUCUCCAUCAGUCUUUAACUUCGGUCCUCCGUUGUUCAGAUGUUUCCACAACUAUAUUUACAGGACACCACCUUGCCGAACGGAGCCAAGAGAAGCGCCACAUGGAGAGAAGAUCUUGGUCGAGAGUUUUGUCAACUGUGUUCCUGAUGAUGAACAUUCCGUUACACAGAAGUGAGAACAUAACUCUAUGUGUAACAGAGAUAAAUUUAACCCAAGGAAGGUCGCUCAUGUCUCAAUAUGUCAGUGAAGCCGCCGAUGUGGUCAGUAAAACCCUCACCCAGGCUGGCUUUGAUGUCCAUGUUGUGUGGAUGGAGCUGUCGUUGUUCUUUGGACGAGACGGGAGGAGGAGUGCGACCUCCCAGCAGUGUCGUCUGCUACUGGUGGCCACCAGCUGCCAUUUCGUGCACAGCGCCAACUUCAUGGUGACGGACAUCCUGCCCGAGGCCGUCGUCUUGACGGAUGGCGAAUGCUUAGCCAGCGCAGCGGUUUCCAUGGCACCCUGGGCGGCAGAAUGGACCAGCGCCAUCUCCGGUAUCAUUCAGCAACUGAAAUGGGAAGACGUUGUACUUGUUACUGAUGGAUUUCUGCCUACCCCGGUGCGGUCCUUGCAGUCAGAGCUCAACAAGCAGCAAGUGGGUGUCAUCCCGAUUCACGUUGACCCCGACAGUCAGACGAACACACUCCACAACCUGACAUAUCACGUGGAGGUCGUCCUGCCAACGGUGGCCCCAACAGUCCGAGUCUUCGUCGUCUGCGCCUCCUCAACCACAACCGCCGCCGUCCUCAAACAGGCUAAGGUACUUGGCCUUCUGGAUAAAUACUUCUACUGGCUUGUCGUUUGUGGCACUGGUGAGCCACUUCAUUCGUCCUUGACCUUUCUUCACGAUCUGCAAAUCACCUUAGGUCUUCUGCAGCCUUUGAAGAUCACGGUUACAAGAGGAGAGACGACUGAUUCAAUGCAGCUGUCUUCUUGUGAAAACAACGAUAUUUCUGAAAGUUUCUUGAAACAGGAAGUUUUGAAACGAGUGUUUGAAAAGCUGUCGUCUGAUGUGACAGAGAAAAUGUCGUAUGUAGUUGAGAACUCUCUAUGGGAAACAGAAGCCUAUGACUUCGAGUUGUGUUCAUUCGGUCCUUUGGUGAGAUCGCGGUUGAAACAAGAAGCGAAAUGGCGGAAAGGUCUUGGAUGGGAUGUCCGUCUUACUGGUGGAAAAUUUGUGGACUUUGGAGAUCGAGAGUUGAGAAUUGGAACCAUUGCUGCAGCACCUUUCGUCUUUCGAAAGGAAGUGAACAAUACAAUAGAAUAUGAAGGCUUUUGCAUUGACAUAUUGAAAGAACUUGCUUCACAACUUAAAUUUAGCUACGUGAUAGUAGAGUCCCCUGACAGCAAGUAUGGCGCACCGGAAGAAGAUGGCAGCUGGAAUGGAAUGGUGGGCAUGGUGGCACGAGGUGAAGUGGAUAUAGGGGUGGGCCCCUACACGAUCUCCAGCAUCAGAGAAACCGUCGUUGACUUCUCCGUUCCCUUCAUGGAGGAUGGUGGCGGCAUCUUGACCAAGAAAGGUAACUCUGGUAUCAGCAUCCUGACGGGGUUGUCGACCUUUAGCGGGACGAUCUGGCUGUGUGUGGUGGCCACGACCGUGGUCAUGGGCUUUUCUCUCUUCGUGACGGGCAAGUACAGCCCCUACUCUGAUGUCAACAUGUCGCAGGAGCGGCGCGACACCUGGACUCUCGGCACGUGCAUCAUCUACGUCUGUGGCUCGGUCAUGAUGCAAGGCAUGGACAAACACCCGACCAAUGUGUCUGCACGUUGUGUGCUGGCCUGCUGGUGGGUGUUCACCCUCCUCAUCCUGUCCGUGUACACGGCCAAGCUCGCCUCCGUGCUGACGGUGGAGGUGCAAGGGGCGAAGAUCGACUCUCUAGAAGACCUUCUGGCAUCAUCAGUCAAGCCUCUGGUGGUGGCUGGCAGUAUUUGGGACAGUUUCUUUAAGAACCCCACCACAACGACAUACAAGAAAAUUGCAGAGAGGAUGACUGGGGCACCGGAAGUUGCUACAGAUGCUGACUCCCUGGACUUCGUGAGUACCGGAACCUAUGCUUUCCUGCAUGAUGUCAACAGCGUGAAAUACUUGUACUCCUCGGACUGCCAGAAGCUGUACUUAGCCACCUCCACCUUCAAUAACAAUGGACUUGGCAUCAUCCUCCCCAAAGACGCGCCUUACAAGGAUGCCAUCGACACAAUCAUCUUGCGGCUUCAGGAAGGAGGGAUCCUAGAGAACUGGCGGGCCAGAUGGUGGUUCACCGAUGGUCAUUGUACAUCGCAGGCAGCUGCCAGCGUGCGCGACACCAGUCGUCUGGGCGUCAACAACAUCGGCGGCAUGCUGCUGACGUACGUGGCGGUGGCCGCGCUGUCGCUGCUGGCGUUCGCCCUCCAGUUCUGUCUCAAGCGCUCUGGUCUCGCCGGCACCCUGGCCCGAGCACCAUGCUGGGUCUGGAGCAAGGUGACUGGCAGGGACCACCACACUGCCGCUCCAACCGACGUCGAGUGCUAGAGUUAUCUGCUCUUUCAUCUACUCCGUCGUCAGUCAUUGAAUCAACCCUGUUUUAGCAAUCCAGCUCUAUGUCAGCUUUGUAUUUUUGAGUCUUAAGAACUCUUUUCCCUCCGUCAAUCUUCGUUAUAUAAUGGAAAGUUUUAGCACCUGUAUUAUUUUCAAUAUUAAAAAUAAUAACACAUGAUUUUAUUAAGGAUUAUUUUCAGUAGAACAAUAAAGAGCU